AUGGUCCCCCGAGACCCAAGCGGGAUGGACAACACGAGCAACACCAGCAGGUCGCCAGCGCCGCCCGAAACGCAAGACUUCGGCGCCAUGCAACAACAAGAUGGCGGAACACAACAGACCACCGGCACGACGACGCGACGAACAAGCAACAGCUCCGCGGGAGGGCAGAGCAAUCCAAGCCGGGUGGAGAAUCCGAGCAUGCAGGCCAGCCAAGGCAGCCUGCAACAACAAGCAGACGCUCCACGCAACAGCCGUCCUCGACCGCAGCGCCUGGACUACGGUUCUAUGCGGAGUGAGUUGCGGAUACCGCAGGUCAUGUCGCCGCCAGGCAUGCAGACACCGCAGCAGCGCCGGCCUGCUAUCGGGAGGCGGACGCCGAGUUCGGCUGCGCCGCAUCGAGGGGAUGUGUUCUCGGUGGACGACGAUGUGAAUGAGAUUGAGAGGGAGCUGCGGCUGGCGCGCACGCAGUCAAGACAGCAGGAGGGAGGUAGGGAGAGGGAGAGGGGACAGCAGCAGUCGUUGCGGAGGCAGCAGAGUACGUUGCGUAGACGGGCUACGACUGCGCAGCCGCCAGCGCUGCAGACGGUGGAGAGUAGCGAGGAGUAUGAGGAUCGGGCGGAGACUACGGGCAACGAUGCGAAUGGGAAGAGUGCUGCGCAGGUGGAUGGCGGCGAGCCGAGUUCGGAAGAGACGUUGCACGGUGAGGAAGAGGAGGAAGAGGAGAUACCUUCGCCGGAUGACGAGGACGACGACGAUGACGACGAUGAUAGUGAUGCGGAGAGCUUCACGCUCAAGGACAGACAAGAGGCGAUCAACGAGACGCAUCCUUUCGGUAUACGGAUCUGGAAACCGGCGUUGUACAAGAAGAGCCGGUCGGUUCAACGCAAUGCUGAGGGCGAUAUUCACAGUACUCCUGGUGGAUUUGUGAGCAACUGGCUGUUCGUGUUCAACAUUCUCUGGACGAUCAUCUUUGGCUGGUGGCUGGCUCUCGUCGCGGCAGCUGGUGGUGUCAUUUGCAUGCUCUUCAGCCUGGUGCAGGCGCCGGGAUGCUAUGAGUAUGGGCGGGUACUGAUCAACUUAAGUCAUUACUUAUUCUACCCGUUUGGGAAGUACGUCAAGCUGGAUCGAGACGAAGACUAUCUGGACGAAGACGAGGGUGAAGGCAGGAGUAUCACUGAGUACGAGCGCUGGCAGACUGGUGACCUGGAGGAGGGACGCCUCUUUUUCGGACCACGAGACCUGAACCGCUCAAUCAUCGGCCGCAGACGAGAUGAAGUUGUUGACGAGACUGAAAGCCUCCUCGGACGCCAACGUCGCUCAAGCAGCCAUGAAGAUGUGGACGGCGCGCGAGCGAAGGCGAAGAAACGCCUGUUUGGCCGUGGAAAGUGGAAUGCUGGAAGGGUGAUAUUCUUCCUCUCCUUCUACUUUCUGAUCACGCCAUGUCUGUUCUUGGUCAGCGGCAUCUGCUGGUUCCUCGUCUUCUGGAUUCCAAUGGGCAAGGUGACGCUGCUGGUGUUCUACCAUCUGCGUCGUCACCCGCUCGCCAUGAGUUUCCACACCGACAGCCACUACUCCCGCAUCCCGAGCGUCGAGCGCGGAUCCAGCGGAAGCAGCAUUCUACUAUGCACAUAUCGCGCGGUCGGCCUGAAGUACUGGAAAUACACCAUCGACGGCACGAAUAUCUUCCUCAUCAACCUCCUCGGUCUGGUCGUGUUUGUCAUCUUCGACUACUUCGUCCUCCUGGAAGCCCUCGGCAUCGAAAUCUUCCUCACAUCUCAAGGCCUCAUCUUCAUCCUCGCCAUCGCCUCCAUCAUCCCGCUCGCCUACUUCAUCGGCCAAGCCGUGGCUUCCAUCUCCGCACAAAGCAGUAUGGGUGUUGGCGCGACCAUCAAUGCCUUCUUCAGCACUGUGGUCGAAGUCUUCCUGUACUGCGUUGCGCUCAAGGAAGGCAAAGCGGCGCUCGUGGAAGGCAGUAUCAUUGGCUCCAUCUUCGCUGGUAUUCUCUUCCUACCUGGACUGAGUAUGUGCUUUGGUGCCAUCAAGCGAAAGACGCAGCGCUUCAACGUCAAGUCAGCUGGUGUCACGAGCACGAUGCUGCUGUUCGCGGUCAUUGGCGCUUUCGGGCCUACGCUGUUCUACCAGAUGUAUGGGAGCCACGAGAUGAGGUGCCACCAAUGCACGGAUACGGACCCGAGCAUGCUUCAGCAUGGACUGGACAGUGUCAAGGGCGCGGACCGAGACUGCCGGAGAUGCUUCUUCGCGCAGACGCCUGCUCUUCAUGACCGCUUCUACAAUGAGGCCGUGCGGCCUUACAUCAUCUUCGCUACCAUCUGUCUGUUCUUGUCGUAUGUUGUCGGCUUGCUCUUCACCCUCCGUACUCAUGCCGCUGUCAUCUGGAACAACGAGCCGGAUGAGAAGAGGGAAGCGAAGGUCGAGCAGAUGGCUCAUCGCGGUGAGGACAGGUACAUUUCCGUGCCCGGAACUGCUGGACUGGUUGAGAAUCCGAAGCAUCCGAAAGCAUCGCUGCACGGCACAGUCAACAGCGACGGCGUUCGAGACUCGCAGAUGUACAAGCGCAUAUUGAACCAGAGUCUGAAGCAGGCUGGCUACGGUACCGGCAGCACCAUGACUAUCCCGCAGGUGUCCAAGAAGGAUGAUAUGUCAAACACAUUCAACCCACCCCACGUCGUCCCACCAAAGACGCCGGAAGACGACGGCAAGCACUCGCAGCGGAUAUCCGGCCUUAGCACGGAAGACAACCGCAUGCUCGUCCAGGAAAUCGCGGAAAUCGCAGCAACCGCCGCCACCGUCGCCGCCCGCGACGCAACCAAAGCCCCCCGCCGCGCCUCCAUCAUGGCCACUACCUCCACCACCAACGCCAUUCCCAAACUCUCCGGCUCCGGCUCCAGCAAAGACCCCAGCAGCAAAGACCAAACCACCCCUACCCGCCACACCGCCACGAACCCCGAACGCGGCAGCCUGCACGACAACGAACCGCUCCCCUCCGAAUCCGCCCCAGCUCCCGCUCCCGCCGCUGAUGCAGCGCCAGAGGCAGGUGGCCACGAUGCGCCCAACUGGUCUCGCGCGAAAUCCGCCAUCAUCCUCCUCACCGCCACCGUCGCCUACGCCAUCAUCGCGGAAAUCCUCGUCGACACCGUCGACUCCGUGCUCUCCAACGUCGACAUCCCGGAGAAAUUCCUCGGCAUCACGCUCUUCGCUUUGGUCCCCAACACGACCGAAUUCCUCAACGCCAUCUCCUUCGCUAUGAACGGCAACGUCGCUCUCUCCAUGGAAAUCGGGAGUUCGUACGCAUUGCAGGUGAUGCUGCUGCAGACGCCGGCGCUGGUGCUGUUCAGUAACGUGUACAACGCGUAUUUUGUCGGGGACGACGGGGAGUUGAUGAGCAGGACGUUCACGCUGAUCUUCCCGCAGUGGGAUAUGGUGACGGUGAUUCUCGGGGUGUUUUUGAUGGGCUGGGUGGUGGGCGAGGGGAAGAGCAAUUAUUUCAAAGGGAGUAUUUUGAUCUUUACGUAUUUGGUUAUUGUGGUCGGGUUUUGGUUUAGUGGGUGGGAUAGUAUGCAGGCUCAGGGGAUGGACGCUUCGGAUACGCUGGCGUUGGGCUCGAGUCCGACGUUUCAGACGUUCAGGACGCAGGGGUGGCAGGGGAAGAGUGGGUUUGCGUAUUGA